AUGGACACUGAAGUUGGCAAAAAUUUGCCGGCAAGAGUCCUCUACCUUAAAAAAAAAGUAAACAAGGAAACAUUUUAUGUUUCUUGCGGCUAUAAUGUUGACAAUCCACCCAUCGAUAGAAGCGUACAAGUUUUGGUUCGGCAUGGUUGAAAUUUGGUACGGACAGGUUGCUUAUACUGCAAAUUUUAUCCGAGCCGAACCGUCUUUUUAGGACCCGUGCCAUUUUCACCCGAGCCGUGCCAGAAAUUUUCUGUAGUGUAAACCGGGCUUUAGUGUUAUUUGCUAUAACUGAUGUAAAGAUAACUGGUCUUAAAUCAUAUAUUUGAAAAUCAUAUACAGAAUCAAUUCAAACUUUUACAAGCUAAGCUUCCAUGUUACGGCAACGGAGCCUUCUCCUAUGGCGAAGGGAGUCUCCGUCGUAUCAUUUUUUUAAAGUAGAUGCUGUAGAUGCCUACAGCUUUGUAUCAUAUUCACUACUUUAACAUUGCUCAUACACCGAAUGCUUGUUUACCUCUCAAAAUUUUGCAAAAGCAUUGUAGUCUAUUUUUCUUGAGACGACUGGAAAAAGGAAAAAUCAGAAACUAAUUACAAAUUUUGGGGAUAAAAAGGCGUAUUAUGGGCAAUGUGUAUUUAAAGGUGAAUCAACAGGAUAAAAAGCAUUUUGAUUAAAUCUAAUUUAUAUGCAAGAGUACUGAAAUCUAUUCGACGGCUGUGUAAACUAUUCAGAAUGUUUAGUAGCAUAGAUACCAAAAUUGUUUUCCAUUUUCUAAGUGUUGACUCGUUCAUGCCCACUAUUCAAAUCACAUGUAUUGAAGAGAUCAAUAAACACUUUAUUCUGGAUUAACAUCUAAAAUGAAAAUAAUCUUAAAAUCACAUAAACCAAAUAAUACUAACGCUUUAUUAUAUUCGAACGAAAUCAGUAUUUUCCUGCCAAUUUAAACGAAUUCUUAACAUAGACCUCCUGUAGACCACUGUUUCAGAUAAUCAUUGGAUCACCAGCUCAGAUUUUUAGUAGAUCAAUUAAUAAAUGUUUUUCUUUUCUGUCUUUUUGCCUAUCAAACGUUGGAGUAGCAGACAUUGGAUUUGGCUGAACUAUUAAACUCCCUCUACGUUGUUUGCAUUAAUUAGUUAAACUGUAAAACACACAAAUGCAAAUCAGCCUAAUAAUUACUUAAUAACUGGGAAUUCAUCAAGAUCUGUGUUCCUUCGGGUGUUGGAAACUUCUUCAGGAUGCAAUUCAAUGCAAAUUUAUAUUUCGCGGAGGUACUAACCUGAGAUCAGGCUCUAUUUUCGUUUCGCUUUGAAAAUUACAUUCCGGAGGGCAAGACGAAACGAAAAGAGAGCCUGAUACAAACCUUUAACGAAAUGUCUGCCGCCCACUUUUUUGAUUGAUUGACAUUUGCCGAAUCCGCCAAUUAGAAUUACCUGCGUUACUUGUUUUUCUAGUAUGCAAAUUUUUCACGCGUGGGAAAAGUGUAGACUGGCUGACUUAAAAAAUAGCUUUUAUCUGUUAAUCAAAAUGCACCUUGUUAGCGAUCAACAACUUGCAGAGGGUUUCAACUCCGCGAUACACUCACUUUCCGUAAAUAAAGCAAAUCCUGAGAAGAUAUGAACAACCACAUGAAUUUUCUGAAUUUCCAUGGCACAUAUUAAGGCAUAUUUUCCUACCAUAAGACCAUAAAACAACAAAAACGACAGCAAAAACGAUCCUUCUCUCCGCCGACGGCGGAUCAUUCACGAAAACAACCACGCGAGGAAUAAGAGCUUUCAACUUCCGGCGUUUCAGACAGCCAAUCAGAUCUUGUGGCAUUGUUCUAACAGCCAAUCAGCGUUACGGCCAAAAUCUGGCCGUAACGAGCACAAACUUGUAAUAGUUUGUAUCAGGCCCAAUUUCAGCGGUAGCCGUUAGAGAGAAUGUAUGAGAACCGCUCAAAUUGGGCCUGAUCUCAGGUUACGGAGGUACACCAGAACAGACCACAUUUUGUGGAGAGACUUCAUCUGUACAAUAUAUUUCUUUGUGUCCGCACAGAUUUUUAUCAUUGCUAUUUCGAAAACAUGGAAUGGAAAUUUCGCGUCUUAUUUUUCUUGGUUAUCUUCGUAAUAUUUGGAGUACUGAUAAUGCUAUCGUCGUCAGAAAUCAAGAAAGGUAAGAGUGCAAUAAAUUUAAAAAAUAAUGGCGUUAUUCAUGGUUUUUGUUACCUCGACUAUGACUAAAACUGAAUCGGGAUUUAACAUAAGGAUGAUCGCAUUUUUUUGCUUUACCGUAUUUGCUGCAACACCUUUUAAACUGAAUAGUUCUAUAAACAGUUACCCUUAUUAAGGAUAGUAAGGAUUUAUUUCUGCCAUCAUUCAGAUAAAAUUUGAAUUCAUCAUUUUAAAAAUAUAAUAUUCAAAAAGUCUCGUCCAAAGAAGUGGUAAAAUUAACAACCUGCUGGAAAUUAAAAGACGUCUCAAUGAAUCUUGCUGUUUGCAGUAUUCUAUUCUCUCAGCAUGAUUUCAAGUCACAAUUUUCAAAAGCUCUUUCUUUCAAUCGACAGACGAGAUCACGUGACUUCAUCAGGCACGUAAAAUUAUUCCGUUUUGUGGCGGUCGCUCUGAGUGAGGAAAUUCUGUUAAACAUGUUUAUGCCAGAGUAAACAAGCAACAAUUUGACUUCAGCGAAGUUUAAGAGCCAAUCUUGGACUUAUUCUGCCUUCAAGAUUUCCAAAAAAAUCUCUUGUACACGCAGACUUAAACAAAUUUCCGAUCUAGUGUUCCUAAGGGUUGACUGGCGCUGGUAAUUAGUUAUCAGUGAGUUAUGACAUGCAUGUCACCCUGUGCUUACAAGUCAUACAUUUAUUUUGUUCUGUUUCAAAACAAAGCCGACAACCAUCAUGCUAUAAUUUUCUUCCCCUUUAAUCUUCCACAUCACUCACGUAUUACUUCGUUCUUGUUGACACGAGAACAUAACGUUCCUUUAAAACUGUUCUUCUUUGCUCCUUUAAGUGUGGGCAAGGCUUCACACACAUUGCAGGAUUUUACGUUUCACAACCUCGGCAAAAAUUAUGGAUGAAAAGCGUUCAUUCAUUCAGGCGGGUUUAGAAUGCCGAGCACGGAAAGAAAAAAGCUUUCAUCCUAGAAUUUUGUGGCUUUUUUGUCGCCUUGGAAUUGCCAUGUUUUGGCUAGAAUGCCAGUUCUGACGGUUGAAAUGACCUGCGGCUUGAUUUGAUAGGUCUUGCCAUUCAUCAUUUCUCGUUGUUUCGCCUAUGUGAAUCUUUUUACCGAGGCUAAUUGUUCACGCUUCACGGGAUAGCUUUUGCGCUGCCACGAAAAUCAUAAAGGAUAGGGCUUCUGUUCGUACACAAAAACGGCGAUUGCGGCGCGACUGCUGUGACGAAGAUCGGAUAGGUUUUCAGUGUGCAAUACUUUAGUGCAGUGUGAACCAAGAGAGACAGACAUUCUCUCUUGGUGUGAACACAAUAAGUAGGAGUAAGUAGGAACGAGGACUGAAUAUUCAGGAGUGAGGACUGUACCAACCCUCUAGGAACGACUUGUCGAUCCCCCUCCAGGCUGUUGCUGUUCGUACUGCACCCGACGUCAUGCAGCUUUUCGUGGCGCAACGAAAAGCUAUCAGCUAUCCGAUAUAGUCUAUUUAUUUACUUACCAGCUUUUCUGGACAUAGGCCUGCCCAGAGGGAAUACGCACGAACGGGACUCGGGUCCCAUACGAGGUGCCAUCUCUACCCAAUCCCACAACCCGCAAAGGUUGACCACACCACCGCGGUUACGGCCCCUACUCUUUUCGAAUAGUGAUGGGGGUUCUUUUACGUCCCACAAGAACAAAUCAGUGAAAGUGCUGUGAGACGGGACUUAAGGUUUUCCGUCCUUAUCCGAGAAGACUAGAAAGUCUAACCAUUUGCAGAUGUCAUUACAAAGGCAGCACUUUUCUCUCAGUUAAUUAAAGACCCUGAGUCUUGGUCCGACCGGGAUUUGAACCGCCGAGACCGGCGCUCUCCCAACUGAGCUAACCAGGCGGCGGUCAAGACGAUCUGAACAUAACCUUAUAUUAGUUUUCCUAUUAUCACCUAGGCCUGAGUAAGGCCAUUGUCCGUUGAAACGCAGCGAUAUAAAUUUUUCUCUCUUUUCAGUUUCAGAAGCGCGGAUUGCAAUCCAGACUGAUGUGUCGGUAAGUAAUAGAACAUAGUGUAACUAUUAAUUAAAUUGAGUAAAAACCAAAAUGCAGCCCUUAAUCGGCCUCGUCAAAUUAGAUACCUCAGCACUUAAAUGGACGACCAUGUGAUAAGAAUUUUGUAAUGACAUUUAAUAUUCAUUGAAUAUUCGUCUUAGGCAGGUUUGGGUGUAGCUAUCAAGAAAGACUGAAAACCCAAUUGUUUUCUUAUUUUCACAGACAGUGACGGCCAUAUCAGCACAAGAACUUUUGCUGACUAAACUAGCUGAAAGGCAAGAAAUGAGGAUACAACAACUGAAAAAUUACUGCUUGGAACAUUCAAACGAAAAGUUACCGUGGGACAGAAAACGGCAACUCGACCAAUUUCUUGUCGACGAUGACAAUAAAUUUAUUUACUGUGCCGUUCCCAAGGUGGGAACCACACCCAUGAGGAUGACGCUACUACGUUUGAGGAACGACAGCAGAAUAAAACUUACGGGAGGUUCAGUUCAUCUUCCUAAAUACUGGAGGCGUUUAAGUGAUCAAGAAUUCAACGAAACAGAGUUAUCCAAACGUCAAAAUACACAUUUCAACUUUCUGUUUGUUCGAGAGCCGUUUCACCGACUUCUGUCCGGCUACAAAGAUAAAUUCUUUGGAAAAAACAGAGUUUAUACCAACGGGUAUCGUCAACUGAUAGUGAGAGCUUUGAGGCCAAAGGACGAGGAGAAGGUUGCAACAGAGACGAAUAACGUUACAUUCACCGAGUUUCUAACGUAUCUCUUAUCUGAUAGAAACCCGAUGAUUCGCGAUGGUCACUGGAAGCAAGCACAAAAACUUUGCUUUCCUUGCGUUUUUGACUUCGACUUUAUUGGCCAUUUUGAGACGCUUCAAGAGGACGCAGAUUAUUUGCUGAGCAAAACGGGUUUUAAUGACCGUGUUAAAUUCCCAGUCGUACGUGCGUCACAGGUUUCUAGUGAUUUUUUAGAGUAUUACUCAGAAGUUCCAAAGGAAAUAAUAUUCAAACUGGGAGAAGCUUUCAGGAGUGACUUUGAAAUGUUCGGCUAUGCAUUCCCUGGACCUCUAAAAAGUUUACUUGAAAACUAUUUUAAUAAUAGUACCCAAAGUUAA